AUGAGUGUUCGUCGUCGUUGUUAUUAUCAUCAUCACCGCGUUCUUCUUUUAGUAAAACUCGCGUUUGUCGUGCUUUUUUUAUGCGCUGAAGAUGAAAGCAACGAGAGAAGAGCAACUUUGUUCGUUUCGGGGGCGAAACCAUCACCGCGAGGAAAAGGAGGAAAAGGAAAAGGAAAAGACAGCAUCGGUUUAGAGGAGUUAAAAACGAAGUUAUCGAUUGCGGAGUCGGCGAUCGCGAAGGUGACGCAAGAGCUCGUCGCCAGAGGGGAAGAUAUUGGGGAGAAGAAGAAGAUUAUGAUGAAAGGAGAUUCCGAAGAGGAAAAGGAAGAGGAAGAGGAGGAGAAAAACAACGACAACAACAAGAAAAGAGUUGAAUACGUUUCCAGUUGGGGAUCGCUGAACAACCACUUUCAAUACGUCUCGGAUACGUACAACGAUUAUUUUGGUAACAAUAAUAAGAAAGGCGGUUCCGGCGCUUCGUUGAGUUCGGCGCUGUUCGGCGGCGGCGGCGAUAGAAAUAGAGGUAAUAGCGACGAUAAUAGUAGAGUAGCUGGGGAGGGAGAAGAGAAGAGUAGCAGUAAUAACGAUGAUGAUGACGACGACAGUGGUGACAAAAACAACGAAGGAGAAAUCUCGUCGUCGUCGUGCUCGCCGUCGUGUUCCAAAUACCACCGGUGCGAAUAUUCUAUUAUAUAUAUAUGUGCAAAAAAUCUUCCUAAAAAAGAACACUUUGGGGGGGGCUGGUUUUUAGGUCAUUUUUAA